UAACGGUCGCAAAUGAUUUCCUCUUUAUCCUGGCUCUCCAUCCCACCCUCCCCUACCUCUGUUCAAAAUCUCCGCAGAAACUCUAGCCCACCCAUUUCUCAAACCCCCAUAAAUGAUCUUCUCCGCAACUUCAACUCUCCUUUUGAGCUCCGACAAGUCCACGCUCACCUCAUCAAAACCAACACUCCUCUCUCAGCCCUCCCCCUUUCUCGAGUCGCCUUCGUCUGUGCCUCUCCCUCGAGUUUUACAUACGCUCAACGAAUCAUCGAGUGCCUCGAAAAACCCGACAUUGUCAUGUGGAAUUCGUGUUUGAAAGCAUUCGCUGAAGGCAAUUCUCCGGGAGACGCAAUUGCGCUCUUUUAUUGCUUGCGGCGGUUUGAUGUUUUUCCUAACGCUUUUACUUUUUCUUUUGUCUUCAAGGCAUGCUCGCAUUUGCUGGACCUUUCUACUGGUAGGAUCGUUCACGGGCUUAUCGAGAAACUUGGGUUGCAAUGGAAUUUGUUUUUGCAGAAUAGCAAUCUUCAUUUGUAUGCUUUGUGUGGGGCAAUGGGCGAUGCUCAGCUGUUGUUCGAGAAAAUGCCUGAGCGAGAUGUUGUUACGUGGAAUAUAAUGAUAACCCAAUUAAUAAAGCGGGGAGAAAUUGUGGGGGCAUAUGAGUUGUUUGCCCAAAUGCCUGAGAGGAAUGUGAGGUCGUGGACGUCAAUGAUUGUAGGUUUUGUCCACUGUGGGAAGCCCAAGGAGGCAGUUCAUCUUUUUCUGUUGAUGGAGGAGACAGGGAUGAGGCCAAAUGAGGUUACAGUUGUUGCUGUUCUUUCAGCUUGUGCCGACUUGGGUGCACUCGAUCUUGGCAGGAAGAUUCAUGAGUACUCUAAUGAAAGUAAGUUUACAAGAAAUACCCAUGUUUCUAACACACUGAUUGAUAUGUAUGUCAAGUGUGGGUGCUUGGAGGAUGCUUGUAGAGUUUUCUAUGAGAUGGAAGAACGGACCGUUGUGUCUUGGUCAGCCAUGAUCGGAGGGCUUGCAAUGCACGGACAAGCUGAGGAAGCUUUAAACAUGUUCUCUAAAAUGAUCCAAACAGGCAUCAAACCAAACGGUGUCACCUUCAUCGGGCUCUUGCAUGCUUGCAGCCACAUGGGUUUCAUUAAUGAGGGUCGUAACUUUUUUGCCAGCAUGACUAAGGACUAUGCAAUAAUUCCUCAGAUUGAGCAUUACGGUUGCAUGGUUGAUCUUUACAGUCGUGCAGGACUUCUUCAAGAGGCGCAUGAGUUCAUCAUGAAUAUGCCUAUUGAGCCAAAUAGUGUUGUGUGGGGAGCUUUACUCGGUGGAUGCAAGGUUCACAGAAAUAUUGAAAUGGCCGAAGAAGCAAUAACGCACCUUCUUGAACUGGACACUCUUAAUGAUGGAUACUAUGUGGUUUUAUCGAACAUUUAUGCACAAGCAGAGCAGUGGGAAGACACUGCAAGAGUGAGGAAGCUGAUGAGAGAUCAAGGGGUGAAGAAGACACAAGGGUGGAGUUCAAUAACAGUAGAGGGAAGGGUCCAUGAAUUUGUGGCAGGGGAUGAGACACAUCCUCAAGCUGAGGAGAUAUCUAGAAGGUGGGGAAAACUGCUGGUCAAAAUGAAGUUGAAAGGAUAUGUACCAAACACUUCGGUGGUUCUUCUGGAUAUGGAAGAGAAUGAGAAAGAAAAAGUUUUGUUCCGCCAUAGCGAGAAAUUAGCACUGGUUUUUGGGCUCAUGAACACUUCACCUGGAACCCCAAUUAGGAUUAUGAAGAAUCUUCGUGUUUGUGAGGAUUGUCAUGCUGCUUUGAAACUGAUAUCAGGGAUAGUUGGUCGAGAAAUAGUUGUGCGUGACCGGAACCGAUUUCAUUGUUUCAAAGAUGGUUCAUGUUCAUGUAGGGAUUACUGGUAGUAAAUCCAAUUCCGAGCACAAUGCAAUUUACUUCACAAGUAAUUUUGAUAUUAUCAAAUAAUUCUUUCAAGGUAAAUUUCAUAUUAACAAAUAAUUAUUUCAUACUCUCACUUCCUCUUCCUCAACUGGAGAAUGGACUCAGUAAUUGCUGAGCAUUGAAGGUAAAUUGAUAGAACUCCUUGAAAGAGACCUGCAGAAAAGGAAUUUGGCAAUUGGCGAAUCAUCGCUUCUUUGUAUGGGAUGGAGAAACAUGAAGAUUGUUCAUUCACAGAAAUCCCGGCACAUUCUGUGACAAUAUUGCUCAUCCCCUCAGGAAGUGUGGAUAUUGAGAGCAUAUGUUGGAUAUUUCCGUAUUCAGUGCAUGAGUUCCAACAAAGCUGGAACUUAAAAGAAAAGGGCAUAUUGAAGCAACUGCUUGGGGGAAACCAUUUCCCAUUGCAUCUUUGGAGAUCAUGAUUACGGUGUCCUACGACAAUUCAACCUUUGCAACUAAACAAACAUUACAGCUUCAUCUUCGCCACUCUAUCAUCCUGUUUCCUCGUCCCAAUCAUCAUAAGCUGGACUAAUAGUUUUACAUACACUGGAAACCUUCAAGGAUAGGUCGGACAUAUUGGGAAAACUCAGAAAACAGGGCAACCUUCAAUUGCUAUUCCUGGAGCUGUCGGGCAUAAAGCCAGUGGACAAUGGUCACUUGUAGCCAGACCCCACCAUUCUGGACCAUUAAUAUUAUUCGUUUGGAGAGCGAAGUAAACGAGUAUUGCCAUAAAGGCAAUCCCUGCAUCCAAACCAGCCGAUAGGAUGUAGUUAUGUCUUGCCCACCAUCCCUUAUACCUCUUGUAAAUAUAGAAGUUGAAGAAUAUGCCCAAGGCUCCCCACAUCAAAUAAUUCACGGCCCUGGCUGGUGGCAUCAUCAUUGUAGCUCCAAGAAUAAUCGGCAUGUUGAUGAGCUUAACCCAUUUUUGGUUGGGUAAUGCAAGGGAAAGCAGCCAUACUGGAACAGGGGCGAGAAGGCCGAUCAGGAAGAACCAGUUCAUCUCUGGGUAAACCCCAUACUUGUUGAACAUUCGUAGCGGACCAACUACUCCCCAUAUGAUCGAUGCGUCGUAGAAAACUUCAUCUCCAGGGCAUGUCCAUGGACUCCCUUCUGGAAGCACAGAUGAAUCACAAAUGUUUGGGAUGGUAGCAAGAAGCCACCAGGCAGUGCCAAAGUAGACAACUGAAGCAACCACUGUUCCCACCAGCUGAAAGAAGAUUCAAACCGGCAAACAGAAACCUGUUAUGUUUUAUCAUGCAAAAAUAUGAUUCAAUAUAGAAUUCUAUAUAGUUUACCUGAACAACAAACAUGGAUUUGGGGGCGAUUUUCAUGUAGUGCCCCAAUUUGAAAUCCGCAAGAAACAUAAGGGCCUGGGACAUGCUGAUGUAGCCAUAGGUCUUGAAGGCCACAUUUGCAAGUGGCCUCCCUGGAUAAAGAUACCCAAUUACUAGUUCUG